GGAGGCGAUAACGCUAGCAGUGGCUGUAGAGAUGCUAACAGCACAGACACCGACAGGAGCUGCCAGCUAACACAGACAGACAGGCAGAGAGAGAGAGGUGGGGGCAGGCUAAUGCUAACAGCAGCACACACUGUGAUCAGUAAUACACAGAGUGUGCUGCAGUGAGGCUUGCUGCUGUUAGCAUGUUGUGGAGAGGAGGCUGACUGACACACACACACACACACACACACACACACACACACACACAAUGCAGUGUCGAAGGCCUCCUAUUGGAUGAUGCAGAUGUAGUCGAUCUUCAAAUUGACAGACAGCUCACCAGGGGGCGAAGCCUGCAGGUGAAGGUGUUGGUGAUGUCAAAACGAGGAACUGGGGGUCAGGGAAAGGGGGAGCGACCAGAUAUCAUGGCAGCCCUUCAAGCAGCCAAUGAGGAGCUUAGAGCCAAACUGACCGACAUCCAGAUAGAGCUACAACAGGAAAAGAACAAGGUGAGUCGUCUGGAGAGAGAGAAGAGUCAAGAACUGAAGGCAGAGCAUCACAGGGCAGCAGUCACCAUGACUGAACUGAAGACUAAACUCCAUGAGGAGAAGCAGAAGGAGCUAGCUGUUACCAGGGAGACAUUACUGCGGCAACACGAGAUGGAGCUGAUGAGAGUCAUCAAAAUCAAAGAUGGAGAGAUUCAACGUCUGAACGGAUUGGUGCUAACUCUGAGAGAUGGAUCCACUGACAAGGUAAAGAGUGCCCUGCUGGCAGAGGUGGAGGAGGCUAGGAGGAACUGGGAGACUGACUUACCAUGGCUACAAACCAUGUUGUUGCUGCGAAUAGCAAAGAAGAACUCUGAGGAGGCUUUGACAUCAGCUCAGCAGGCCUGCCAGGCUCGAGCAGCUGAACUCCGAUCAACUCAUCACCACCACCAGGAGGAGCUGAAUAGGACCAAGAGAGAUUGUGAAAGGGAGAUCCGCCGACUGAUGGAUGAGAUAAAGCUAAAGGACAGAGCUGUCAGUGUUUUGGAUAAAGCUCUGGGGCUGCAGGCUGGACACGCUCAUCGCCUCCAGCUGCAGACUCAGGCAGCUGAGCAGCAAAUUGCAGCCAUGAGAGAUGCACAGAGGGCAGGACUAAACCCUCCUGGCCAUGCUGCUAGCCCCAUCCCUAACUCUGCUCCUCACAUUUCUCAGGAGGACCGGGACACUCGGAGGUUUCAGUUAAAAAUAGCUGAGCUCAGCGCAGCUGUCAGAAAAUUGGAGGAUCGAAAUGCUCUGCUAUCAGAGGAACGCAACGAACUGCUGAAGCGUCUGCGAGAGGCAGAGAGUCAGUUUCUUCCUCUUCUGGACAAAAACAAGCGUCUGAGCAGGAAGAACGAGGAGCUGGCUCUCGCUCUACGACGCCUUGAUAACAAGCUUCGCUUUGUCACCCAGGAGAACCUGGAGAUGAGGAGGCCGAGUUCAUUAAAUGACCUUGACCGCAGCCAAUCCACCAGUUACCAUGGUUAUAGCCAGGGCGACAGAGAGAUAGAGUUUCUACAGUUACAGGUCUUGGAGCAGCAGCAUAUCAUCGAUGACCUAUCUAAGGCUCUGGAGACAGCUGGUUAUGUGAAGAAUGUUAUAGAGCGAGACAUGCUACUGAGAUACAGACGUCAGGAGUCAGUCAGGAGGAAACGGGCCUUCAGAGCCUGCAGGGUCAUAGAGACGUUUUAUGGUUAUGAUGAAGAAGGAUCGGUGGACUCUGAUGGAUCAUCUUUGUCUUUUCAUACUGACAGAACUCCAGAUACUGAACCAGAGGAGGUUUGUGUGCGUGAAGAGGCGGAGCUUCGUUACCGUCAGCUGACACAAGAAUAUCAGGCGCUACAGCGAGCAUACGCUUUGCUAACAGAAACAAGUGGAGGAAACUAUGACGCUGAAAAGGAAAUCAAGACCAGAGAACAACUGCUGACUGAAAUCAGUCGAUACCAAACUAGAGUUACAGAUCUGGAGUCAGCACUGAAACAACAAGGACUGGACGUGAAGUGGGUAGAGGAGAAGCAGGCGCUGUAUCAGCGCAAUCAGGAGCUGGUGGAGAAGGUGAAGCAGAUGGAGGGGGAAGAGCUGCGAUUGAAAAACGAUAUUCUAGAUGUCAAAGAUCAGAAUGAGCUGCUUGAGUUUAGGAUCUUGGAGCUUGAGGAGAGGGAACGACGAUCACCUGCCAUUAACUUCCAACAACUCUAUUUCCCAGAAGGCCUCAGUCCUCUGCAGAUCUACUGCGAGGCAGAGGGAGUCACUGACAUAGUGAUCAGUGAGUUGAUGAAGAAGCUGGACAUUCUGGGAGAUAACGCCAAUCUGUCCAAUGAGGAGCAGGUGGUGGUGAUUCAUGCCAGGACGGUGCUCACUCUAGCAGAGAAGUGGCUGGAGUCCAUCGAAGUGACAAAGUCAGCUCUGCAACAGAAGAUGCGGGACAUAGAGAGCGAGAAGGAUCUGUUCAGUAAACAGAAGGGUUACCUGGAUGAAGAGCUGGACUACAGGAAGCAAUCGAUGGAUCAGGCUCAUAAGAAGAUCCUGGAGUUGGAGGCCAUGUUGUUUCAAGCUCUGCAGCAGGAGGAAGAGUCCAGGAUUGAGGGAUUAAAGAUGCAGGAGGGUCCUCUGUCUGAAACACUGUCAGAGGAAGACAGGGAGGGGUUGAAGAGAGCCAUGGACCAAUGGAAACGAACAGUGAUGUGUGAGCUGAGAGAGAGAGAUGCCCAGAUCCUUCGAGAGAGGAUGGAGUUACUGCAACUCGCACAACAGAGGAACAAGGAGCUGGAGGAGUUUAUAGAAGCUCAGAAACGACAGAUUAAAGAGCUAGAGGAGAAGUUUUUAUUUUUGUUUCUGUUCUUCUCUUUGGCCUUCAUCCUCUGGUCCUAACAGCAGCUGUGUGUGUGAUCUCAGCAGGCAGAGUUCAGCAGCUGAACACAGCGGGGGGUCAGCCCAGUCUGGAUCAGACAUGCAGUAGGACUCAGGGUUUGGGACCAGCAGCAUGUUAGCUUCACUUCUCCUUGACUGGCCUUCAGCUGCUGUCAGCCAAUCGGAACAAAGCCCAGCUGUCAGCUGACUCUAAAGAGUCACACCCUCCGAGAAUGCCACUGUGCUGCCUCAGACAGAGAGAUCAUUUCUACACGGAUGGAUGAACAUGGAGUUUCACUACAACUGGCGACAAACUAACUAACUUCUUGUUAGUGGCCAGAAAGUUCUGGUUUAGACGCCUGAUAUGCAGCUGAUAAUCACAUUCUGGUUCAAGCAGGCAAACUGGACCAAAGUGGUGCUGGACUUCAUACAGUAUUAGCUGAGCUAACUGGACUUUUGUCAGACCUAACUAACUCUAAUAGUGUUAGCUCUGGUAGCUGAUUUUAAACACUGCUAGUUAAGUUAGCUAAAUUUGUAGAGUUAUCUAAAUUAGUUGAUUUCAGUGUUAAGGUAAUAGUUUGGGUCUGUUACAGUGAACUAACCUGUUUGUGUUUAAUGAAGCUGCAGUGCCAGUGGCAAUGCUCAGUAAGGUACAGUAGAAAUUUAUUUAAGUGGUUGUGUGGUUCACACUUGAAUCUCAGUAUACCUGGAAAAUAUCAGAAACAAUUUUGUGUCUGUAUCAGUUCAGGGGAAUUAAACUUUGUUCUGAUUGGCUGUUCCACCUGCCAACUGGAGAGUGGCUUAACGGUGUAGCCCAGCUCCACUCAUUGAAGAUCACAUCAUGUAACUUCUGUGUUGUUUCAGCCCGUUUGGAACACCUUGGGACCAAAACUGACAAGACAUCAGACAUGUCUCCUGGACAAAACAAAAUCAUGGUCUGGUCUGAGAAGUUGAAGCAUGAAGUCUGAAAGUUUGAAAAAUGGUCAUAACCCUUUGGGCAGAGACUAGCAAAGAGACAUCAAAGACUUAGCAGUGACAACGGCCGACUGAUGUCAUCUGGGCCAAAAAGUGGCACUUGAACACACCACAGACUAGUGCCAGCAGCCAACUAGCACCUACAUUCUGUGCCGAUGUGACAUAAAUAACUCCCCCUACCAGCAGGUGGCGGUAUCUGUAUUCAUCGUUCAGAAAGAGGAGAAAGAAGAGCUAGAACACAGAAGUAUAAGCUAUAAACAAAACACCUCCCGUUCAACACAGCUACUGUUCAAAGCUGCUUCUAAUUGAGAAUAUGUCUGAUAAGAAGUUGUAAAAGACAGUGCUGUUCUCUGCCCCUGAUCUUUUGGUUGUGGAAGAAAAACAGGAGGUCAUGGAGGUGUCAUGGGGCUUAGAAUCAAUUUUAACCCAGUUUACCAUCAUCACGCUACAGAGUUUAGAUGUGAUGAAAACUGAAACCAGGUUCAGGUGAUCAGAUAUAAUUUGACAUCUUACAGAUACCUGUGAGUUUAAACUGAUGAAAGAAAGUACAAUAUCAGUUCUUAAUAAACAUGACUGAAUAAUUGAGGAUAAUUUUGCAGAACUAAAAACAAAGUAAUAUUAUAGUGCACAGUAAACUAUUUAUUACUAUGAUAAAAAAAUUAUGCAUCUUUUGUUCUGCUACUGAAGGUAAUCAGUUGUCAUUUGAAAGAUUCUGAUUAAAUGUUUAAAAACAUUUAAUAUUUUGUAGUUUUAUUAAAAUUAUAUUUCUUUAGUUGAGAUUUUCCUUUGAAAGUUUUAUUCCUUGUCAGGCUUUUCUAUUUUUAUUUUCAUGUUGGUAUAUUGUUUUAAAGUCAAAUUCUAUUUUAAAUAUUUAACUGAUUAUCUUUAGCACUAGAGUAAACAAUUUAUUUUUCUGUGUGACUUACUUUAUGUUGGUCCUGCAGUGUCCUCAGUGUUUAACUAUAGCCUCCUCAGAACACAACCACAUUUUAAAAACUGGAUCCUGCUGUUGUACUUUUAUUAUUCCAGAUGAUAUUUUUCUAUCUCUGCUGUGAGUCUAAACUCAGUGUACAUCUGAAUAGUCAACAGUUUGAUGUGAUUUCAGAUUAAAAAUGUUGGGAAUGGGACUGAAGACAAAACUGUGCAUUUUGUUGUUGAUGAGAAAGUUUUUCACAAAAUGGUCAGCAGAGCAGAGAUUCAGACUUUAGGCACCAAUUUGAUUUGUAUCAUCGCAUCCAGUAUUCCUCCUCUGAAAAAUUACAGGAACCUGUGUGAAAUGGUUUGGAUGGCUUAUGAUAUUUGGUUUGGACAUUCAUAGUCAAAUUGACACUGACUGUCUGCGUGGCAUGUUUCAUGUUUGCUACAGUGUGUCGCCACCUGGUGUGGCAGUUGUCUCUUGUACUUUACACUUGUUUUCUUAUACGGCACAUCAGAUGUGGGGAACAGUCUCAAAUACUGGCUAUGAAGAACACCUGAAUUAAGCCCUUAAUCCAAAACCCAUGUGUAAUGGUGAUUGAAUAUGCAUAUGCUUUGUAACUUUAUUAAAAACACAGUGAGGUGGUAGAUUGGAGGGGGUCCAAAAAAACGCCAGACUUUUAUGAAGACAACUGAAAAUCAUGUUCAGUGUUGUGUUUUUAGUGUUUUGUGUGUUUUAACAGACCCCACACCCUUUUCCUAACCUUAGCCAUCUAGUCUGUGUGCCUAAAGUCAUAGUUGUGCCUAAACAUAACUAUACUUUUGCUUUCAAUUUUUGAACAUUGCAAUGUCACAGUUUUCAAGGUGUUAUGACAAUAGUACAUUUUAUGUUGGUGGACCAACGUAGCUAUUCCACAUUUUGCUGUGAGACUGGGUUGUGUGGGACAUGAAGGCCAAAGUGGUCCCUGUAAAGGUAGGAGCUGUGACCCCUAACUGGGAGAGUGGCUCCAACAGGAACAACAUCAUAGCUCUCUGUCCAAAAGACACAGUGUGUUUAUGUGUCAGCGUGUGUGUGUCUACAGUAUAUACACAGUACAAUGUGUCUGUAUGUGAGAUUCUGUCAGACAGGAAGGGACUCCUCAGUUUAAAACAUGGGUGCUUUAUAUUAACAUGGAGAUAGAUGUUAUGGUCCACUGAAGGUGUGUGUUGGGGGUGGGGAGAUUAGAUGACUGACUUGAACACCAGGAUGUCCUCAGUCAGUAAAUAACCAUUAACAACUAAUACUGUGUGUUGUUCGUCUAUGUGCUAGCCCUGCGAUGGAUUGGCGACCUGUCCAGGGUGUACCCCGCCUUCGCCUGAUUGUCAGCCGGGAUUGGCUGACAAUCGGGAGGGGCGGGGCCUAACUCUAAAUGCUUCUGCAUUAUCUGAAGGUGGAGAUAAAAGCCAGUUGUCAUAGAGAGGGUAGAAAUGUGAGGUGCUUAACUUCAAUUUUAUUGCCUGGAUGAAGUUUAUUUUUUGACCUAGUUGUAGAAAAUGAAUGAAUGAAUGAAUGAACUAAUACUAUGGUAAAAUCAAUAAAUGGCGUGGUUCUGUGAAAAGAAGCAUUUCCACAGAGACACUUUGGUGAUCUUCGGACUUUGUUCUGAGGCAGAAACUGUUUUAGAAAUUAAGGCUGAGAAUCUGGAAACAGGACCGUUCUCAUGGAUUUCAUUUGAAAAAAAGUGGUUCAUAAAACCUGCUGUCUGAUCUUGUCUGAAACUCUAAAUGCUUCUGCAUUAUCUGAAGGUGGAGAUAAAAGCCAGUUGUCAUAGAGAGGGUAGAAAUGUGAGGUGCUUAAGAAUGGGGAAAAAAGCAGAGAGAGAGAUGUUAAGCCCUGCCCACUUUCACACCUGCACACAGCUGAUUUUGAAAUAAAAAAGGUGCAGAGGGAGGGGUUUCUGAAGCUGUCCAAUAAACACUGGAUUUGUUGGGUUUUCCCUCUGUAAUAAUAGUGAUAAUAGUAAUGUCUAGCUAGACCUGACUUUGUA